UACAACCGUGGACCGGACUACCGCAGACGCCGUGCGCUGGGGCAGUACCGCCGAAGAAUUAGAUGAUAACGGAUUUUAUGUUUAUAAAUUAUUAUUAUUUUUCGUGCACACACAAAAACUCUAAAUAUGAGUAAAACUAUAGUUUAUGAUACUUUGUCCAUCCCCGAUCCAUCAUUUAUUGAUGAUGAAGUUAGGAUGUUUGGUUCAUGGUUUGGAAUGAGUAAUAUUUGUAUAUUUCCAACCAAAAUGUCUGGACCAUUCAACAAUCAAAACUCAUCCGGUGAUGAUAAAACUGAGAGGAACAUCAUACAUCUGAAACAUAAAACAAUGCUAUUUGAUCCUAAAGUAAGACAACUGGUAAAUGAGUCAAGCGGAGUGUUCCAAGAAUUACAAACCAACGUGGAUGACCCAACCAAGGCAACUGAUGCUUUGUACUAUAGUAGAAAAUACAGGGCAAUAUUGUCGACUUGUAUAUUAGCAAUUGAUCGAAAUAACUUGGACAAAUCAAAUGAGACAUAUAACCAAUACAAAAUGUUGCUGCACAAUCUUCAACUCAUAUGGCAUCUGUGUGAAGUUCUUUACCUUGUGACCGUUCCUGGUGAUACUAUUUUAAACAAUCUUUUAGAUUGGAUUAAAAUUCAUUAUGAAAAUGCUGAAAACCAAGCAUCAGUAAUUACAGAAAAUAAAAUUGUUUAUUUAACUGAUGAACACGUAGAAGAGAAGUUUACUUUUUAUUGGGAUACUGUUAUUGGACUAGUAUUACAAGGAAAUAUUGACACGGCCAGAAUGUUAUUGUCCAACCACUCUCAAAGUGACACUGAACCAUUUAUUCAUGCAAUAAAAAUAUUUAAAUCUAUGCCUACCUAUAGUAUAUAUGGUGGCCUGCCAAUUGCAGAAUAUACAUCUAGAUUCAAGGGCUGGCAAUCAAGUGCAAAAUCCAAAUUAGAAUGUGGUAUAUUCUUAUCAGAUUCAAAUCUCAAUGAUGUUAUGAAGAUUAUUUGCGGAGACCCGGAUUCUACGAGUUUGAUCCGCAGUCACUGUUCAACAUGGUUUCAAUUUCUUGUCGCUCAACUUAUAUAUACAGAUCCAACUGUAAAAAAACACAGCUUAAGCUUAUAUGCUCAUCGUAGCGUUGCUAAAUAUUAUGAAGAAUCUGAGUAUAAUCAUAUGGAUACACUUGCUUUAGAUUUGUUUGAUGGAGAUCUAGAAGGGUUUGUAAAAAAAUUGAAAUCUUAUCCUGAUUCUGGAUGGUCAUCUACUCAUUUGACUAAUUUGUUACAUCUGUGUGAUAAAAUUGAACCAGAGUUUGAAAUGUCUGAAGUAGUAGAAAAUACAAAUCCAAAUGAACAGUAUCUCCUUGAUUAUGGAACAUUUCUCAUGACGCAUCACUCAUUGUGGCAAGCUGGUGUCACUUACUUAGAUUACUGUUCAGCUGUAGGUAAAGAACAUCUAUCAAUGUUGUUGUCAAAGUUAGAAAUAACAUCAGAUUUGAGAGUGUCAAAAAUUUUACAUUAUGCAACGGCAAGGCGCUUACAUAAUGUUGUUUCUAGUGUUUGUAAAGUGAAAGGAAUGCUAAGCUUACAAAAAUCAAGAAUUGGUGAAGCUCUGUGUUGGGCAAUAAGAGGGCAAGACAGCGCUUUUGCCACACAUUUAGGUGAUCUAUAUUUGAAAGAAUAUGUUAAAGGUGGAUCCUUUGCUUGUCCAGAUAUACUGGACAAUUUAGGAUCAAUUGUUGUCACCUGUGAUCGUUUUAUGUUUAUUGGAAAGUAUAUACAAUUUCUUAAACUUGCUAUGGGUAAUAAACUCAACGAGGCCGCAUUAUUGUACAUAGAACUCUUAAGAUCUAAUAUUUGUCCAAAUUAUUUUAGACUAACGUUAUUAAUGGAUGUUCUAAUGUUCAUCGAAAACAGUAAUGAGUGUUACUUUAAUAUCGCUGACAUGUCUCUAAUUACGAUGCGCUUGGAUGAUGCUAUUACAGAAUGGAAUGAAGAUAAUGAAUCUGACAAUCAGUAUUUAUUAAGCAAAGUGUUUAAUAUUCGUCAAGGUAUUGUUAAACUAGUGUCUAUCAGUUUAAUAAGAAAAAAAAUGACUGUGUAAAAAAAUACAUUAGUAUUAAGAUUUUUAUUUAAGUAUUUAGUAUCUUUUUAAUUUCAAUAAUUAAUAAAAAUAUAUAAGACAUGUGAAAAUAAAUCAGUUUUGUUUACUCAA